CUCUAGUCUCCAUUGGCCGCUGCUUCCAUCUGAUCCCGCUCUUUCCCAAACUAGGGAGAUUAAAACAAACAGCUAGUUAAUUUCACCUCUUUGCGGGAAUCGGAAACCCUUUGGUCCACCUCGAAGGGGUCGAGCAGGUUUCUGGCUGAGGCAGGCACAGAAAAACUUCCAGCAAGAUGUCCAGUAAGCGAGCCAAAGCGAAGACCACCAAGAAGCGCCCUCAGCGUGCCACCUCCAAUGUCUUUGCCAUGUUUGACCAGUCGCAAAUCCAAGAGUUCAAGGAGGCCUUCAAUAUGAUUGACCAAAACCGUGAUGGAUUCAUUGACAAGGAGGAUCUGCAUGACAUGCUGGCAUCUCUCGGGAAGAAUCCCACAGAUGAGUACCUGGAAGGCAUGAUGAGCGAAGCACCUGGGCCCAUCAACUUCACUAUGUUCCUAACCAUGUUUGGAGAGAAACUGAAUGGCACUGAUCCGGAAGAUGUUAUCCGAAAUGCUUUUGCUUGCUUUGAUGAGGAAGCCACAGGUUUUAUUCAUGAGGAUCACCUGCGUGAAUUGCUUACUACCAUGGGCGACAGGUUCACAGAUGAGGAAGUUGAUGAGAUGUAUCGAGAAGCCCCCAUUGACAAAAAAGGCAAUUUCAACUAUGUGGAGUUCACCCGUAUCCUGAAGCAUGGAGCCAAAGACAAAGAUGAUUAGAAUUAAGAGAGGGUCCCGCUUUCUACUGCCACUGUCCAAAUCCAGGCCCCCCUUGCUGCUCCCUGAAGAUCCCCUGCCAUCAUGGUCCUGAGUCUGUAUGGGCAAAAGAGGAAACAGCUUUGAAGUAUUCAGCAGACCAAGUGCUAAUUUAAAACAAGAAUACAUGUUACAAGUUUGUAUACAUGCACCUCCAUACACACACAGAGCAUAUUGGUCCUUUGUUAAGCUGCUCCUUGAUUCUGUAGGUCUCUUGGAAUAAGGUACUUUGAUUUCCCCUCUCAAAGGGUCUAACUGCAAAGACUUUGCCAAAGGAGGUAGCAGAUACACUGGAUUACCAGACCAUCUGGCACUGUACAUAUAUGACAUACAAUCACCCAAUGCCGGAUCCAGUAUAAUCUAAGGGGGCUUGCUGAGAUAGAGUUUAUAUAGCACUUUUUUCACUUGCAAAGUGGUUUACAGUGCAAUCCUAAACAGAGUUAUAGCCUCCUUAAAUCCACUGAAUCAACAGGCUUAGAAAGGAAUAACUUUGUAGGACUACACUGUUGCAGCCCUUACUGUUUUCUCAUUACCCCAUCUCUGUUAUUUUAUUCCCACUGUAUAUCUGGGAAGCUUGGACAGACAUUUCUCCAGGUUUAUAAAAUAACUGCAGAGAUGAGACUUGAAUUCAGGUCUCCUAGAAUCUAAGUUUAAAUCUUUACAGGCUGUAACACAUGGGCCUUCACCAUUACUGCUUUUUUUUCAGAACUGCAAUGAAGCCAUUCCAACACUCACUGGGAACCAAUUCACAGGUUGUUUUUCCACCCUGGUAGGCCGCCUGCUCUCUGCACAUGUGCACAAAAGAACACCUUUUCACCUGAGGAUAUGCAAAGCGCACAAACAUACCUGUGGAGAAGAAAUUCCCUUGAUUCUUUCUUAUUCUCCAUUUCAUCCCAAAUGCAUACAACCACCCACACCUUGAAAAACAUGAUCCAUGGAGGUACUUAUUGAUAGUUGGCUACCUGGCAAAAAAAUAAAGGAGGAAUACCAAUAAAUAAAGGAGGAAUACCAAUAAAUAAAAAAA